AUGAUUAAAUCCAAGUGUUAAGAAAAAAUAAAAAGUAAGGCGAAAAUGUCUCGCUUUUUGAAGAGUGUGAACUGUGUUCAGAUACUUUUAUUUCCUCACAGCAAGUCUCGUUUAUAUCGCAGUGUAACCAGUAGACGAACAAACAGUACGGCGGCGGAGAGCAAAGAGGUUGAUGUGAGACUCAUUCGCAACUUCAGUAUCGUGGCUCACGUGGAUCACGGCAAGAGCACGCUCGCGGACCGCCUGCUCGAGAUCACCGGCGUCAUCAAGCCCGGCGCAGAGCGAGCACAGGUUUUGGACCAGUUGCAGGUGGAGAGAGAAAGAGGGAUCACAGUGAAGGCGGUGACAGCAUCACUGAACUAUGUGUACAAUAAUGAGAAAUACCUUCUGAACCUCAUAGAUACUCCAGGACAUGUGGAUUUCUCAAAUGAAGUUGUCCGCAGUGUAUCAGCAUGUCAAGGUGUGAUACUCCUUGUAGACGCAAACGAAGGUGUGCAAGCACAGACCGUAGCAGUACACUCACUGGCCAAACGAAACAACCUUGUCAUAAUACCAGUCCUGAACAAAGUAGACCUUCCCAGAGCCAACCCCGAAAACUGCAAAGGACAAAUGAAAUCCCUCUUCAACAUAGACCCUGAAACUGUGCUGUCAAUAUCUGCGAAGAAAGGCUGGGGAGUGAAGGAACUGUUAGAGGCUGUGAUUACGAGAAUACCCGCUCCUACCGUUGACUUGAAGAGUCCCUUUAUGGCGCACAUAAUAGACACAUGGCACGACAGGUAUCGUGGCGUGUUAUGCCUUGCCUACAUUCACUCGGGGCGCGUGGAGGUGGGGUCAGCGGUGCGAUGGAGCGGGGAGAGCAAGCAGCAUGUGGUGAAGCACCUGGCGCUGCUGCGUCCGAGCGAGGAGCCUGUUGAUACGGCUGUGGCUGGACAGGUUGUUAUGGUAGGAUGCGGUCCCAAAGGCGGCGGCGCGGUCGGCUCCCAACUAGUCUCAUCGGACCACCCGGCCGCCACCGCCGGCGCCGGCGCGCCCGCCGUCAAGCACAUGGUAUAUGCGGGAGUGUUCCCGGCCGACCAAUCACAGCACCCCAUGCUGAGUGACGCUAUCAAGAAGCUGGGGUUGAAUGACUCGGCUGUUAGCAUACAUCCCGAUUCUAGUCCGGCGUUAGGCCAAGGAUGGCGGGUGGGGUUCCUAGGACUACUGCAUCUUGACGUCUUCAGCCAGCGUCUGUUCCAAGAAUACAAGGCUGAAGCCAUCCUCACCGCUCCUUCAGUGCCGUAUAAAAUACGGGUGAAAGGAGCAAAGAUUAUCAAGCAAUACAAGGGCGAAGAAGUAAUCAUCACGAAUCCACUACAACUGCCCCAUCCACAUCAUAUUGAAGAAUACUACGAGCCAUUUGUUAUAGGAACAAUAAUAACCCCCGUAGAAUACCUGGGUGCAGUCAACACGCUCUGCAUCGACCGCCGCGGUGCGCCCCUUCCAUCUAGCGCCGUGGAUGACCGAACCACGCUACUUCAGUACAUCCUGCCACUGUCUGAGGUCCUGGUAGAUUUCCAUGACACGCUCAAGAGUAUCACGUCGGGGUUCGCGAGCUUCGAUUAUCAGGAUUAUGGGUUUCAUCCGAGCCCUUUAGUGAGGAUGGACAUCCUCCUGAACGGCGUGCUAGUGGAAGAACUGACGUCGAUCGUGCACGCGAGCCGCGCGGAGCCCACGGCCCGGAGACUCACCGACAAGCUCAAGGAAAUGAUACCGCGACAGAUGGUUCAGGUCGCCAUACAAGCUAUGGUCGGGGGCAAGGUGCUGUCGCGAGAAACUUUGAAGGCGUACAGAAAAGAUGUCACCGCUAAAUUGUAUGGAGGAGACGUAACAAGAAGAAAGAAGUUGCUGAAACAACAGUCUGAGGGCAAAAAGAAAAUGCGCAGUGUUGCCAACAUCAAAAUACCAAGAAAUACCUUUAUAGAUGUACUGAAGAGAUAAGAGAAUCUUUAUUUAGUAUAGUUAGUUGUUUAUGUUUUAAUUAAAAUAUUACUUAAACUUA